UGGAACUUGCUACCAUCCUUUAAUUAUUCACUAGAGAGAUCCUGCUUUGUGAAAAAUAUUUUAUCAAGUGUUAUCCAAGAAGACCUGCGCAUUGAUCCUUGGUGUAUUUUGGGGUAAAUAUAGUCACGUGAGUAGCUGCAGCCAAUGUCGCACAGAGAAAGGCUGAAAAAAUAAUUACCUGCCUUGAUUGUUCUAUGAGCAGAUAAAAAGUACACAUACAGUUCAUACAAUAAUCUUAUGAAUGUAAAAGAGGGGAAACAAUGUCGACUUCUGGUCCUAUAAGCAACUACUAUGUGGAUUCGUUGAUAAGUCAUGAAAACGAAGAGAUGCUGGCUACCAGGUUCCCAGCCACUGGGUCUCACCCUGCAGCGACCCGACCUUCCGGACUAGUACCGGACUGUACAGAUUUUCCUUCCUGCAGUUUUGCAACAAAGCCAGCAGUUUUUACCACUUCUUGGGCUCCUGUGCAUUCUCAGUCUUCAGUGGUUUACCAUCCAUACACCCAUCAGCCUCACAUAGGAACAGAUGCCAGAUAUAUGCGCUCCUGGUUGGAGCCCAUCACAGGCGCGGUCUCCUUUCCUGGCUUUCCAGCAAACACCAGGCACUAUGGGCUAAAACCUGACACUUUCCCCGUUAGAAGACCGGAGUGCAGUACCUCAGAUGGACGCGGCUAUCCUGCAGACUACAUGUACGGUUCUCCGGGUGAUAUCAGAGACAGGACACCUCAAAGCAUCCCCUCCCCGGAAUCAGAAUCCGUAGCUUCCAGCAAACACAAAGAAGAAAAGACGGAAUUAGACCCGAGCAACCCUGUUGCAAAUUGGAUCCAUGCCCGCUCUACCAGGAAGAAGAGAUGCCCUUAUACUAAGUACCAGACCUUGGAACUUGAAAAAGAAUUUCUGUUCAACAUGUACCUUACAAGGGACCGCAGAUAUGAAGUGGCUAGGGUCCUUAACCUCACCGAACGCCAAGUCAAAAUCUGGUUUCAGAACCGAAGAAUGAAAAUGAAGAAAAUGAAUAAAGAGAAAAAUGACAAAGACCAGCAGUAAAAAAUACACGGAAUGGAAAAGAACAAGGAAGGGACUCAACCUUCUCCGAGGAAAACGACAGACACUGAAUGUGCAGUUCCCAUUUACUAGGGUGUUAAACACAACCGCAUUUGAGAGCACACGCCUUUUAAAUGCAAGUUUUGCCCUUUGAGACAGUACUUGAACUUUUAUUUUUUAUGUUUUAUUCCUUAAGUUAUGAUUGUCCCCUGUUUUGUUUUUUCCCCUUCCUUAUCUUUUUUCUUGGUCUGUAUUUCCAAUAAAAUGAGCGUCAGGCAGUGCGUGCGGUAGAGAGAGAGAGAGUGAGAGAGAGAGAGGAAAGAGUGAAGGGUGAAUGUUGUCAAAGUGUCUUGUACAUAGUUUCAGUGUACAGUAGUCUUGCAUACAUUUAUUGGUCAAAUUGCAACUGUCUUAAUUUUAUGGUGUUUUAGUAGGCAUUCUAUUUAAGUAUACCCCGUGCAACCAACAGUAUACUCAAGUGUCCAUUCAUUUCAGAACUCAACAAGCCAAUUGAUUCCAUCUGGUGCAAAUCUGUAAAGUUUUUAUGCUUCUGGAAAUGUAAAAAGUGAGAUAUAUUAAGUUAACUUCGUGGAAAACGUCGACAAUUAAAAUUUAAAAUAAAUUCUAAAAACAAA